CGGCCCCGGCCCCGGCCCCGGCCCUGGCCCCAGCCCCAGCCCCAGCCCCGGCUCGCGGGCGCUGCGUCUCCGCGUACGGGAGGCGGCGGCGGCUCCCAGUCACCGGCCCCCGCCGGCGAGCGCACGAUGCACUGCCUGGGCGCCGAGUACCUGGUUUCUGCAGAAGGAGCCCCUAGGCAAAGGGAGUGGCGACCCCAGAUUUAUAGGAAAUGCACAGAUACGGCGUGGUUAUUCCUGUUCUUUCUCUUUUGGACUGGUUUGGUGUUUAUCAUGGGCUACUCGGUGGUGGCUGGAGCCGCGGGAAGACUCCUCUUCGGCUAUGACAGCUUUGGCAAUGUGUGUGGCAAGAAGAACUCCCCCGUGGAAGGGGCCCCCCUUUCAGGGCAGGACAUGACCCUAAAAAAACACGUGUUCUUUAUGAAUUCCUGCAACCUGGAAGUCAAAGGUACGCGGCUCAACCGCAUGGCCCUCUGUGUAUCCAACUGCCCUGAAGAGCAGCUUGACUCCCUGGAAGAGGUCCAGCUCUUUGCAAACACCAGUGGGUCCUUCCUGUGUGUUUAUAGUUUGAAUUCCUUCAACUACACCCACAGUCCAAAAGCAGACUCACUGUGUCCCAGGCUACCAGUUCCUCCAAGCAAGUCAUUUCCCUUAUUUAACCGAUGUGUCCCUCAAACACCUGAGUGCUACUCCCUAUUUGCAUCUGUUUUGAUAAAUGAUGUUGACACCCUCCACCGAAUUCUAAGUGGAAUCAUGUCGGGAAGAGAUACAAUCCUUGGCCUGUGUAUCCUCGCAUUAGCCUUGUCUUUGGCCAUGAUGUUUACCUUCAGAUUCAUCACCACCCUUCUGGUUCACAUUUUCAUUUCAUUGGUUAUUUUGGGAUUGUUGUUUGUCUGCGGUGUUUUAUGGUGGCUGUAUUAUGACUAUACCAAUGACCUCAGCAUAGAAUUGGACACAGAAAGGGAAAAUAUGAAGUGCGUGCUGGGGUUUGCUAUCGUAUCUACAGGCAUCACGGCAGUGCUGCUCAUCUUGAUUUUUGUUCUCAGAAAGAGAAUAAAAUUGACAGUUGAGCUUUUCCAAAUCACAAAUAAAGCCAUCAGCAGUGCUCCCUUCCUGCUGUUCCAGCCACUGUGGACAUUUGCCAUCCUCAUUUUCUUCUGGGUCCUCUGGGUGGCUGUGCUGCUGAGCCUGGGAACUGCAGGAGCUGCCCAGGUUAUGGAAGGUGGCCAAGUGGAAUAUAAGCCCCUUUCGGGCAUUCGGUACAUGUGGUCGUACCAUUUAAUUGGCCUCAUCUGGACUAGUGAAUUCAUCCUUGCGUGCCAGCAAAUGACUAUAGCUGGGGCAGUGGUUACUUGUUAUUUCAACAGAAGUAAAAAUGACCCUCCUGAUCGUCCCAUCCUUUCGUCUCUCUCCAUUCUCUUCUUCUACCAUCAAGGAACCGUUGUGAAAGGGUCAUUUUUAAUCUCUGUGGUGAGGAUUCCAAGAAUCAUUGUCAUGUACAUGCAAAACGCACUGAAAGAACAGCAGCAUGGUGCAUUGUCCAGGUACCUGUUCCGAUGCUGCUACUGCUGUUUCUGGUGUCUUGACAAAUACCUGCUCCAUCUCAACCAGCUUCAAUUUCAAGACAGAAAUAUCCACCCACCUGUUUGUGAUGCUAAAGAAGUAUGCACACUGAAUUUUGGGAAUAAAUCAAAAGCCGAAUGCCACUACCUCCUGCUUGCUUGUUUAAAGAAUGCAUAUACUACGACUGCUAUUAAUGGGACAGAUUUCUGUACAUCAGCAAAAGAUGCAUUCAAAAUCUUGUCCAAGAACUCAAGUCACUUUACAUCUAUUAACUGCUUUGGAGACUUCAUAAUUUUUCUAGGAAAGGUGUUAGUGGUGUGUUUCACUGUUUUUGGAGGACUCAUGGCUUUUAACUACAAUCGGGCAUUCCAGGUGUGGGCAGUCCCUCUGUUAUUGGUAGCUUUUUUUGCCUACUUAGUAGCCCAUAGUUUUUUAUCUGUGUUUGAAACCGUGCUGGAUGCACUUUUCCUGUGUUUUGCUGUUGAUCUGGAAACAAAUGAUGGAUCGUCAGAAAAGCCCUACUUUAUGGACCAAGAAUUUCUGAGUUUCGUAAAAAGGAGCAACAAAUUAAACAAUACAAGGGCACAGCAAGACAAGCACUCAUUAAGGAAUGAGGAAGGAACAGAACUCCAGGCCAUUGUGAGAUAGAUACCCAUUUAGGUAUUUGUACCUGGAAAACAUUUCCUUCUAAGAGCCAUUUACAGGAUAGAAACCACUAGAGAAAAGUUAGUGGAAUUUUUUUUUUAAAGACCUAAUAAACCCUAUUUUUCCUCA